GUUAAUCAAUCACAACAACGCCGCCACUGUAAAUCACUGAAUUUAUAAAACCCCAAAUAAUCCAAAAAAGAAAAAAAAAAGGAAGAGAAAUUAUAAAAAAAAGAAACAAAAAAGAAAAAGAAAAAGGAAUAUUACACUAACGCCUUAAAACCGUAGCUCAGCUAAAGAAAGUCCACUCUCCGUUUCUCUCCAAACUUCUCUGAAACAUUUGCCGAUGUCCAGCGUUACCGUCGGUGAAUUCGCUAACCGCCGCUAAGUCUCUCGACUGUUUUUUUUAAUUACUAUUAUUUUCCUGUUCCGUACAUGGCGGAGGAGGACGAAGUUGUUUCGAAGACCUUCCGAGCUCUCGUCGAGAACGCGGACCGUAAAUUCGCACGAGUCCGGGACUUCCCGUCGUACGGACGGGCACAUGGCCAACACUAUUUCCAGAAAGUCUUCAAAGCCUACAUGCGGUUAUGGAAGUACCAGCAAGAGCACCGAACCGAGCUUGUCAAAGCCGGUUUGAACCGGUGGGAGAUAGGCGAGAUCGCCGGUCGGAUCGGCCAGUUGUAUUUCGGCCAGUACAUGAGGACGAGCGAGGCUAGGUUUCUCCUGGAAGCGUACAUUUUUUAUGAAGCGAUUUUGAAGAGGAAGUAUUUUGAAGGGUGUAAAGUGAGGGAUCUCGGUGUCCGGUUUAAGGAAUUGAGAUUUUACGCCCGGUUUUUGCUGGUUUCGUUGAUUUUGAACCGGACCGAGAUGGUCAAAGUUAUUGUUGAAAAGCUUAGAGCUCUUGUUGAUGAUUGCAAGGCUAAUUUCCGGGAAACAAAUUUUAAAGAGUGGAAGCUACUAGUGCAAGAAAUUGUUCGCUUUAUGAAUGUCGAUACAACUUUUACAAUUACAAGUGCCAGGCCAUUUCGCUACUGUGCUAUGUUUGACCGUCAUCCAAGUUCUGUUCCAUAUGUGGCUCGAUUCCAUGCAAAGAAGGUUCUAAAGUUUCGAGAUGCAAUCCUGAUGAGUUAUCACCGGAAUGAGGUAAAAUUUGCAGAACUUACUCUGGAUGCAUACAGAAUGCUGCAAUGUUUGGAAUGGGAGCCCAGUGGAUCAUUUUACCAAAAGCAUCCAGCUGAACCAAAGGAGAAUGGUGUUGCAGUCGAUUAUUCUGGAGCUUCUGGACUAAUAGAUAUGAAUUUGGCUGCAGAGAUGACUGAUCCUUCUUUACCUCCAAAUCCUAGGAAGGCUAUCCUGUAUCGACCAUCUGUAACACACUUGAUAGCAGCUAUGGCAACAAUUUGCGAGGAGCUCCCUCCAGAGAGCAUUAUGCUAGUUUAUCUAUCAGCCUCAGGGAAGCCUGGUCAUAUUACUGCUUCUCCGGUAGAAAAUUCAGGAAGGUCUAGGCGUACAACAAAAAGCAAACUUGCUUCUCACAAUUCCCUAGAACUGAAUAAAUCUACACCUGAAUCCCACAUUAAUGGCAAGAAAGGCUCUUGUGACUUUUAUGAGGAUUAUCUGUGGUUAGGUCCUCAAUCAAAUGGUGGUUCAAGUAAUCUCUACCCUGGUGAUAUAAUUCCUUUCACCCGAAGACCACUUUUCCUGAUCAUUGAUAGUGACAGCAGCCAUGCAUUCAAGGUCUUACAUGGUGCAGAAAGAGGAGAGAAAGCUGCCCUACUACUUUCGCCACUAAGACCAAUGUUCAAGGACCCAUCUAGUGCUGAUAUUAUUCAGAAUGGAAGUCAAUUUACCUUUUUCUUGACUUCUCCUUUACAAGCAUUUUGCCAGAUGGUUGGCUUCUCCUUGUCUGAUAGUGAUGUGGAAGUUUUCACUAGUGCUGAAAACAUACUAUCUACUGCUUUCUCCAAGUGGGAAGUCAUUCUCUGCAAAUCACCUAGCCUGGAUCUGGUUUGGGCACAGGUUUUAUCUGAUCCUUUUCUAAGGCGGCUUAUUGUUAGAUUCAUAUUCUGUCGAGCUGUGCUCUCUGCCUUCUGCCCUCCAGAAGGGAGUGAUCAAUAUCUGCCCGUUUGCCUACCACAACUUCCUAAUUCUCUCUCCCCGAAGUCCGAUGUUGUGCAGUCUUCUGUCGGCCAUCUUGCGGAUCACCUGAAAGUUGCUGACUGCUUCCACUUUGACGGCAUGUAAAUAGGACCAGAAGUUGAUGAAGUCUGUAAUAUAACAUUGUGGCUUUCUGGUAGGAAGUUUCGCUUCAUAUAGAUUUAAUUUAAUGGCACAGUAGCUCCUCGAAGUUCACCAUCAGUUGGCCUUUCUGGGCACUUAAAGGGUAUAUGAUUGCUGAGUGGGCUCAAGCCGGCAUUGUCGAGGGUAUUUGUUCGAGCAUGCUUGCUUCAGCUUCUUUAGUUGCCUAUGCACGACCUUGUUGGUGUAUUUGAUAUGUGUGCAGACGCUGGUUUGGUAAUGUGUGCGGAUGCUGGUUUGCUACUUCGUUAAGAUGGGGUUUGAUAACUUGCAAGGUGUGUAUGAAUAUAGCUGGGUAAUCGUUAGGAGCCCAUUGGUGUAUAAGGUAAUUACCGUCAUGCCUGUUAAGAGCCUUUUCUGAUUAGUAUUUUUUUUUUCAUUUUCCUUUUUGUUAACUUUGUAAAAGAGAAAUGAGGUAGGCUAGUGGGAUUAAUUUUUUUUUUCUUUCCCCUUUUGGUCAGUUUGAUUUACAUGUUUUCUCAAAGAAAAAAAGUUGAUGAAGAGCUAGAAUGUAAAUUGAAUACUCGUAAUUGAGGAAUGGUUUCAACACUUGUAAUUGUAUUUGUAUUUUCUUUACAAUCAA